AUGCAAAGAAUAAUACCCCUACCAGCGCGUCAGCUAUGGGGGCAUGCGCCUCGUGUGCGGUCGGUGAGGCGCCUCAAUCGAAGUCAUCGAACAUUUGCGACGGUCUCAUCCACUGAACGACCAUACGAUGUAAUAGUCAUUGGAGGCGGGCAUGCAGGCUGCGAAGCCUCGGCAGCAGCAGCACGCGCCGGUGCCCGAACAGCACUUGUAACCCCCUCGGUCGAAAACCUCGGUGUAUGUUCAUGCAACCCUUCCUUUGGCGGAAUCGGCAAGGGCACUAUGCUCCGCGAGAUUGAUGCUCUGGACGGUGUCGUGGGUCGGAUUGUGGACAAAGCCGGUGUACAGUUUAGAGUACUGAACAGGAAGAAGGGACCUGCAGUAUGGGGGCCACGAGCGCAGAUUGAUAGGGCACUGUAUAAGAAAUACAUGAAGGACGAAAUGCUGUCAUACAAGGGCCUGAGUGUAGUAGAGGGGAGUGUAGCGGAUAUCAUUGUGGAUCGGACGCAAGAGGAGGGCUCAAAGGGAACAUACGGCAAGAUCACAGGUGUCAGACUGGAGAGCGGCGAAAUCAUACCAACAGGAAACGUGGUAAUUACCACUGGUACGUUUCUGGGCGGAGAGAUACACAUUGGACUCGAAGCAUAUCCGUCUGGGCGCAUGGGUGAAGCUGCAACAUUUGGACUAAGCAAGAGUUUGAGAGAGGCCGGUUUUACACUUGGAAGGCUAAAGACGGGGACACCACCGCGGUUAGACGGAAAGACGAUCAACUACAAGAUUUUGGAGGCUCAAGAAGGAGAUAAUCCACCGAUGCCAUUCAGUUAUCUGAACGACCGCGUACAGGUGGAGAAUCAAUUACUGAAUCACGAGACACGAACAAACGAAGCGACACACGAUGUAAUACGGAAAAAUCUCGACAAAUCGAUACAUAUCCGGGAAACUGUAAAGGGCCCGAGAUACUGUCCAUCAUUGGAGUCAAAAGUCAUACGCUUUGCUGACAAGUCGUCGCAUAUCGUCUGGCUGGAACCCGAAGGCUUCGACAAUGACAUUAUCUAUCCAAACGGCAUCUCUUGUACUGUACCUGCAGAUGUCCAAAACACUAUGCUCAAAACCAUCAAGGGUCUAGAGAACGUAACUAUGCUGCAACCUGGCUAUGGUGUAGAAUACGACUACGUCGACCCACGGCACCUACGCUCCACUCUAGAGACAAAGAACAUCUCCGGCCUCUUCCUAGCCGGUCAGAUAAACGGAACAACAGGCUACGAAGAAGCCGCCGGUCAAGGCGUAAUCGCCGGCAUCAACGCAGGACUCAAAAGCCUAGGCAAAGACCCUCUUGUCUUAACCCGAGCAGACGGCUACAUUGGCAUCAUGAUUGACGACCUCAUCACAAAAGGCGUAUCAGAACCCUACCGCAUGUUCACCUCCCGCUCCGAAUACCGCAUGUCUGCCCGUGCCGACAACGCAGACUCACGCCUCACGCCCCUCGGCCACGCUGCCGGCAUAAUCAGCGACACCCGCUGGCGCGCCUUCUCAGACGAAGUAUCCCAAAUCGCCACCCUAACUUCCCUCCUGCAAUCCAAAACAAUGGGCUGGACCGACUGGACUAAACACGGCUUCGCCGUCCGAAACGACAGCACCAAGCGCUCCGCCUACGACCUCCUCCGCCUCCCCAACACCACCCCAGACUCACUCUCCCCUUUACUCCCCCAAAUCCACGACUUCACCCCACACAUCCGCCACCGCGUCCACAUCGAAGCCACAUACGCCCCUUAUGUCGCCUACCAAACCGCAUCCCAAGCCCGCUGGCUCAAAGACGAAAAACUAUCGCUACCCAUCGAUCUAGACUACGAGUCUAUUUUCGGCCUUAGUUUUGAAGAGAAGCGCGCGCUCGAGGCUGCGAGGCCUGAGAGCGUGGGUAUGGCGAGAAGGGUGGAGGGAGUCACGCCGACGGGGGCGUUGCGAUUGCUGCAGUAUGUUAAAGGUGUUGGGAGGAUGGAGAAACAGGCGCGGUUGAAGGAGGAGGUUGAGGCGAGGAAGGAGAGGUUUAAGGGCGUUUUUGAGAAGGUGUAG